AUGAAUUUUCUUUUUUCAAAUGAUGAUGAUGAUGGAAACUUCGAUUCAUUUAUCACACAGAAUUUAAAACCUGAACCUCCUAAAGAAGAACCUUCUAGCAAAAAAUUAUAGACUUCAUACAAACCUAUUGAAAUCAAGAGCUAAUUUCAAUUCAUUUCUACUCCAAAAUUAAAACCUAAUUAAGGUCAAACUAAAACAUCUCUCUGGAAUAUUAUGUUGCAACAUUUAAACUAUAAUAAUAAAGUUUACAAUUUUCAACAAGAAAGAUCAAAACUCCCUUAUCCUUUGAACUCAUUUUUUCUGUCCAAAAUUUAAGAAUAUAGAAAUAAAAAAAUUGAAGCAAUAAUCUGUGAAAUACAUGAGAUUGAAGAAUUUGGAGAUACGACUGAAAUAACUUUGAAAGAUCAAAGUGGUUCAUGUAAAGCUUCAAUCAUUUCUGAUAUAUUCACUGAUGAACUAGAAGAUCUUAAACCCUAAAUUCAUAGUCCCGUCAAAAAAAUUCAAAAAAAAGAGGAUAUCUUGGUUUACCUUGAAAAUGUAACAGUCUUCUCUCCAAACGAAUUCUAGAUUACUAUUAUUAUAAAUAGAGCCAACUUAAAAUUAGCUAUUUUCUGA